AUGGCUAAGGCGUAUGAUCGUAUGGAAUGGCCUUUUCUGCGUAGAAUGAUGUUGGCUUUGGGUUUUUCUGUAGAGUGGGUGAACUUGGUUAUGCUAUGUGUGACCACUGUCUCCUACAAUUUUCUUGUGAAUGGUUCAAAUGCUGGUCAGGUUAUCCCCACGCGUGGUAUUCGGCAGGGAGACCUCCUAUCUCCCUAUCUGUUUAUCAUUUGUGCAGAAGGACUUUCUUUACUACUCCAGCAAGCUGAAACAAGGGGAGAUUUUCAUGGUUGUAGAGUGGCUAGGGGAGCACCACCGGUCUCUCAUCUGUUUUUCGUAGAUGAUAGCCUUCUGUUUUUUAAAGCAAACAUUCAGGAAGCGGGGGCUAUCAAGCAGAGCCUUACUGAUUAUGAAAAUAUGUUUGGACAGGCGGUGAAUUUUCAUAAGUAUAGUGUAUGUUUUAGUAGAAACACAUCUGUGAUGGACAGGGAUAGUGUGGCUGCAGUGUUGGGAGUAGUUCAGGCACCUAACUUUGGUAAAUACUUGGGCCUCCCUUCCUUUGUAGGAAGAAAUAAGAAAGCUGUAUUCUCAUAUAUUGAGGAUAAGAUUAAGCAAAGGAUUGGUUCGUGGAACAAGAAGCUCCUCUCGCAGGCAGGUAAGGAGGUUCUCCUUAAGAGUGUAGCCCAGUCUAUGCCUACAUUUGCAAUGAGUGUCUUUUUACUGCCUGACUCAGUCUGUGUUGCUAUUGAGAGAGCUAUGAAUCGUUACUGGUGGGGCUCUAGAGAUGGGAGAGGAAUACAUUGGAAGGCUUGGGACAAAUUGUGUGUUCCCAAGAAAUUUGGAGGUUUGGGUUUCAAGGAUUUAAGGGCAUUUAAUCUGGCAAUGUUGGGCAAGCAAGCCUGGAGAUUUCUCACAAGGCCCCAAUCAUUGGUGGCUCGUAUCUAUAAGGCCAGGUAUUUCCCUAAAACAACUUUUACUGAUGCAACACUGGGUACUUCCGCAAGUUAUUGCUGGCGAAGCAUUGUGGCAUCCCAUGAAUUAAUUUGCAGCGGGAUUAGAAGAAGAGUGGGGAAUGGAAAGUCAACUUUAAUAUGGGGUCACCCAUGGUUGCCUGAUGAACCUGAUCCAAUGGUACAGACUGCUAUGCCCCAUGAGCUGGAGGGCUCUAUGGUUUCAGGAUUGUUAGACCCGGCCACAGGUACAUGGGACCAUUCGAUCAUCCAUGACAUCUUUGAGCAUGAUGAUGUGACCCGUAUAUUGAAGGUGCCAGUAGCUCCUCACUAUGAGGACUCUUGGUUUUGGCAAGGAGACCCAAGAGGCAUCUACUCGGUUAAGGAUGGGUAUAAGCGUAUCAUGGGUGAAUAUCAUACUGCCCCGGGUAACUUUGAUAGAUGGCUACAUAUUUGGAAGAUUAAAUGCCCUGCAAAGUGGAGAAUUUUUCUAUGGAGAGCCCUCUCUAAUGUCCUCCCAACUACUACUAAUUUGAUUAUAAAGAGAGUGGAUAUUGAUCCAACAUGUCCAAUGUGUGGUGUUAUGCAUGAAAACAUAAUGCACUCACUUCUAUUGUGUGAGUUUUCAACAUUGGUGUGGAAUGAGUCUUCUUUACAUGUUCCUAGUGUGGGUGGGGAUGAGUUUGGUGUGUGGUUUGCUAAUGCAGUGUCCAUGCUAACGGAGGAGGAUGUUCUUAAUGUUGUAGCAGUUUUGUACCACAUCUGGAGGGCGCGCAACAAGGCCGUAUGGGAGGGCUCACUGCCUCGGCCGAAGAGCGUAUGGCGUGCAGCACGGGCAGCGACUGCUGCAUGGCGUCAGGUUCAUUCUGCUACAACACAUCACCAUCUGGCGCAAACAACGACAGCACCAGAAGGAGUCGCCGCUGCUGCUCAAUGUUUUGUCGAUGCGGCGUUUCUUCCUCAAACGAAAGCUGCAGCGAUGGGGGCAGUCCUGUUGACGCAGGAUGGAGUCUUCACCGCAGCCUUCAACAGACGCUUGCCAUCUUGUUUCUCACCUCUAAUGGCGGAGUCCCUAGCCUGCAAGGAAGCUCUAUCGUGGCUCAAGGACCGUGGUCUAACCUCGGUGCAUAUUUUCACGGAUUGCUCCACCCUUACAAGUUUGUUAACUACGUCUUCCACUAGUCCUUUUUCACAUGUUGGUUUUUCUGUUGAUGCCUCUAAGGCUAUUAUGUCGUCCUUUAUUAAUUGCUCUGUUAGUUUGAUUCCUAGAACUGCAAAUAGAGGGGCUCAUGUUCUUGCAACGAUGGCUCUCUCACAGUCUAUUUCUCUGUUUUGGGAUUCUAUUCCCCCUGACGCUAUUUCUGAGCGAUUUUAA